CGCUAUCGCCCCACCCGAUUUCAUCUUCCCAGGCGACACCAUCCUCGUUCGUGGGCUUGUGUGGGCCGCCGUCCCCAUUCCGAGCCAGCGUUGUCAGCCAGCUCCUGGGGAGUCGGCUUCCGAAGAUAUAAACCCAUCCUCCCCCGUCCCGUCGACUGCCCCUCACCUUCUAUGCUUGGUCUCCUCGCCCGGGUCUAGCUGCAGCCUGUCGACGCCAACAUGAAACUGACCUCCAUCGCCUCGUCCCUGGCCGUCCUGGCCUUCAUCCCCGCCUCGCUGGCCAACUUUGCCGGUGACUUCCAGUCGCUCGUGAGCUCUGGCAAGCUCAAGAAGAUCAACGGCACCUCGUACUAUGCCGGUCUGGCCGGCGACCUCCGCGGUUCCGUCACCAACACCGUCCUGCCCUAUGGACCCGACAAGCGCCAGGCUGUUGCCGAUGAGGUCUCCAAGCUCUUUGACAUCUGGGUCAACCGCCAGUCCAAGAUCGACCACUACGGCUCCGAUCCCCUCGCCGUCUUGGGCGACAUUGUUGGCAACGCCAGAACCACCGACGACCUGAGCUUCCAUCUCUCCAUCUCCCGUCUCUUCCUCUCCAUCCGCGAUCUCCACACCAACUACUACCUGCCUCCCCCUUAUGCCUGCAACCGCGCCUUUCUGCCCUGGGGCUUCCAGUUCGUCGACGGCCCCGACUACUGGCAACCCACCCUUGCCGUCGCCGGCUUUAUCAACGCCGGCUUCCCGCUCUCGCAGUUCUACACCCCCGAGGUCCGUGCCGCCGUCGCCAACGUCAAGCUCGGCCACACUCUCGUCAGCAUCAACGGUCUCGAGUUUGGAGAGCGUUACUUUGAAGACCCCCACAACUACCAGACCUACGGCGCUGCCGGAGCCAACGACCAGGGCGGCAUGCAGCGCUACGCUGCCAAGCUCUCGGCCUUCAACGGCCGCUCGGGCCCGCUCCCGCUCCCCGAGGAGGACAACCUCAAGCUUGUCUUUGCCGACGAGAACGGCAGACAGUACACUGUCUCCGUGCCCUACAUCCAGCGAGUCGACGGCGGCUGCAUUGCCCCUCUCCUCCAGUCAAACGGACUCCAGGCCGAAGAAUCCUCGCUCCUGUCGGACCCUGUCCCUCCCCCCAAGAAGCUGCCUCCUCAGAUGUACGACCCCACUAACGACGAGUACCGCGAACUCUUCCCCGACAACUACAUCCCUUACACCCCCACUGGCGAAGGCACCGUCCUGUACUCAAAGUAUACCAACAACGGCGCCAAUGUCGGUGUCAUCCGCAUUACUUCCUUCCAGGCCACCACCGGCGACGACGGCGCCAUCCAGACCAUCCGCAACCUCCUCGUGAACGAGUUCAAGGACACCGACGGUCUGAUCAUCGAUCUCCGCAGCAACGGCGGAGGCUCCAUCACUUAUGCCGACUCGCUGCCCCAGCUCUUCAAGUACGGCUGGGUUCCCUACUCUGCUCGUGCCCUGGUCUCCAAGACCAACACCAACCUCUUCAACAGCGCCAGUAUCUCGGAGCGCGACUGGACUGCUCCCUACAACGCUGGCUUGGCGGCCGGUAACAAGUACAGCGACUUGCAUCCCUUUGACCUCCCCAAGGACGUCAACACCAUCGGUGUCGCCUACCUCAAGCCCGUGGCCAUUCUCAACGACGCCAAGUGCUUCUCGGCCUGCGAGCUGACCUCGGCCAACUUCCAGGACUUUGAGAUCGCCACCAUCUUUGGCGAGGACGGCCAGACUGGCGGUGGCGGCGCUAACGUCGUCGAGCACACCGCCAACUUGGUUCCCUGGUCUGCCGGCAGCCAGAAUGCCUCUCUGGCCUUCAAGCUGCUCCCGUAUUCCGACUACCCCAACCCUUCGUACCAGCCCAACAUGCGUGUUGGCUGGCGAGAGCUCAUCCGCUCUGGCCCCAACGCCGGCAAGAGUGUCGAGGACGACGGUGUUGCCUCGGACGAGACCCCCAUCCGCCCGACCGUCAAGGACGUUCUCACCGCCAAUGUCUCGAGCCAGUUUGACCGCAUUGCUUCGUACCUCAAGGGUCAGGGCGAGCAGACCGGCCGGAACAAGCUCUACUUCAACUCUGAGCCAUUCUACUUUGAGCGCAAGGCCGGAGAAUCGAUCGACAUCUCGGGUGUCGUCGGUGGCUUCCGCACUCUCACUGCCGAGCUCGACGGCACCAACCAGACGUCGUCCGUCGCCGGCACCAGUGCAAAGUCCAACUUCACCGUCAAGAUCACUCCCCCUGCCCAACUGGGCUUCUACACCGUCACCAUCAAGGGUGUUUCUGACUACUGGGGCACCGACGAUGCUCCCGCCCUCGUCACCAAGCGUCUCGUGCGCUUGACCCCUGCCCUCAGCAGCUACCUGACCUUGCCCGACAACUACACCUUUGACUAUGACCUGAACAAGCCGUACUUGGCCCUCUACAACCGCCACAACUCGCCCGAGCACGGCUGGUACAUCAAGGACAGCCGCCUGGUCGUCGGCCACCCUUACGUCGACAAUGUCCAGUCCACCCUCUCGUUCUUUGUCAACCUCAACGCUGCCAAGAAGUACACCGUCCAGCUCGAGAUCUCCUAUGACACCGAGCCCAACUACGACUUUGUCUAUCUCAAGUCCGUCAACGCCGCUGGAGACUCGACCACCUUUGGCCAGUGGACGGGCAACAGUGGAGGCUUUGUCAACGUCUCGGGCGCCGUCCCUGCUGAUGCCAAGGAGAUCCAGCUGGUCUUCUUCUCGGACGGAGGUGUCGAUGCCAGCGGUGUCGAAGUCAAGUCCCUCAAGAUCGUUGCUGCUUAAAAGUUUCCCGUGUUCGGGGGGAUGGAGUUUCUGGUUCCUGUCUUGCAGCGUCGAUGCAUGCGACCCUGUGUCUGGCAUUGGGCGAGUCUCUCAGCGGGGCGCUAUUUCUAUUGGUUUAGACUCUCUAUGAAGCGCACUUUCUAAUGGAUAUGUGAGUGCAAGUGACUAUGAUUCUAAUACAACUUGGUCAGAGCGAAGCAGGAUAUCCGUUCCUGGGUCCUGAAUACACAGCCAUCCACAUCAAAA